AUUACUGUGGAGUUUGUUCAUACUUCAUAAACCUGUAAAAUCAACAAUAUUCACGAGAUUCAUUCCUUUCCCAGAAGAAUUUUGGUUCAAUAGAAUAAGGUUCAAAAUGAAGCACACUACAAUACUUCUACUGAUGCUUGGUAUUCUCAGUGUUACAGGGUUGAAUGAAAAACAAAUGGACGCUGCAGUGAAAAUGGUCAAAAACGUCUGUAAGCCCAAAACCAAAGCUACAGAUG